AUGAACUCCCCCGUAACAAAUACGUGUACAAUUCUUUCCCUACUGUCAAUACAGAGCUUCAUAAUUCGUCUGUUCUCAAUAGUUAGACAUGAAACUAUACUACAUGAGUACGAUCCGUACUUUAACUAUAGAUGCGCCGAGAUUCUAGUAAAAAAUGGAAUCUCUGAGUUCUGGAACUUGUUUGAUGAUGGUAAAAACUUUAUCUCUUACACAAAAAUCAUUUUUAGGAAGCUGGUAUCCGCUAGGGAGAAGGGUAGGACAAACAACCUACCCAGAGUAUUACGCUAUAUCGGGAUCGAAUGCGACAUCAAGUAUAUAUGCAUAUUUUUGGCUCCAUGUGUAAGUGUGGCCACUGUUUGGCUGACCUAUUUACUCUCGAUGGUUAUACACACUAAUAAGGAAUCUGCCCUUUUAAGUGCGUUUUUCAUUGCCUCUAUGCCAUCGUAUCUUUCUAGAUCAAUAGCAGGAUCGUUCGAUAACGAAGCAAUCGCUAUAUUCUUGUUGAUAGCUUCCUUCUACACAUGGAUAAGUGCCGUCAAAACAGGAUCUAUAACAGACGCUACAGUAUCAGCAGUCUGUACCUUUUUUAUGGCAACUAGUUGGGGUGGAUAUGUUUUUGUUUUAAAUGUAAUUGCAGCCUUUACUUUGGCCUGUAUCAUACUAGGAGUUUCUCCAACGAAAUGUUCUGUUACAUACAUUGUGUAUCACUUGUUUAUUACAAUGUUAUGCUAUUGUCUUCCAGUCAUUGGCGAUAGUGUUUUCUAUUCAUUUGAACAUCUUUCUACACAUGUUGUUAGCAUAGUGGCAAUAUUUUAUUUGAUCGCAAGCUGUAUCGGUAAAAGAGGAUGGAAUAACUAUUUGUAUACCUUUGCAAUAUUAUCUGCAUCAUUAUUUAUUCCUCUGUUCAAAAAACGAUUCUCAAAAAUUAAUGUGCAAUUAUCGCAAAGAAUAAUAUCGCUAUUUGAUCCAGGUUAUGUGCAAAAGUAUAACCCACUAGUUGCAUCGGUUUCGGAGCAUCAGCCUACAAAAUGGCAUUCGUUGUUGUUAGAUUUCUGGAUAUCUCUAUUAUUCACUCCGAUUGGAUUAUACGUAUGUUUCAAGGAUGGAAUAGAACCUGAGUUUCUCUUCUUGGCAAUAUUUGGAGUGGUGUCGUCAUAUUUUUCAGUUGCGAUGGUCAGAUUGAGCCUAAUCUUUGCUCCAGCAUCUUCUUUACUGGGUGGUUUGGGAUCUGCAUACAUAUUGCAAAGUUUGUUUAAGAAAAAACGUAAAUCCGUCUUUAAAAUAUCACUAAUAUUUGGGCUAAUCGCAACAUAUACAUUUCACGGAGUUUGGGCAUCUUCCAAUGUUUAUUCAAACCCAAAUGUAUUUAUAAGUUGGAGAGGAAAGAGUGGAAAUAGAAUCGUAGCUGAUGAUUUCAGAGAUGCAUAUAGCUGGAUUCGUUUGAAUACAGAUCCUGAAUCAGUAAUAAUGGCGUGGUGGGAUUAUGGAUAUCAACUCAAACAAAUGGCUGAUCGCACAAUUUUGACUGAUAACAACACAUUCAAUGCUACUCAUAUAGCAACAACUGCAAUGGUAAAAAGAUACACGAAAUAUGAGAGUAUACAGAUAUUCGCUUCCCCAGAGGAAACUGCGCACAAGAUCCUAAAAAAAUUAAGGGUAGACUAUGUCAUGGUUGUGUUUGGAGGAGUCGCAAAAUACUCGGUAGAUGAUGUGAACAAGUUCUCAUGGAUGGUAAAAAUUGCAUCAAAAGAUUUCCCUCAUAUCCAUCCGAGGAAAUACAUUUUACCAAGGAAAGGGGUUAGUAGGAUGCAUCUAGAAAACACUGUUAUAGACAAAGAGAGAAGGAAACAAGCAUUGGAAAGAGUCACUAUUGUUCAAACUCUCUUAUUACAAGGUAUUAUCGGUAACAGACACUGA